AUGGACUUGAAAUUUUCGGAAGACGUGGAGACGUUGGAAGACAUGGAGUUGCUGGCAGAUGUGGAGAUGCUGGCAGACGUGGAGAUGCUGGCAGAUGUGGAGAUGCUGGCAGAUGUGGAGAUGCUGGAAGAUGUGGAGAUUCUGGAAGACAUGGAGAUGCUGGAAGACGAGCAGAUGCUGGAAGCCCUGGAGAUGCUGGAAGACCUGGAGGUGUAGGAAGACAUGAAUUUUCUGGAAGACGUGGAUUUUCUGGAAGACGUCACUUUGUUGGAAGACGUGGGUAUGCUGGAAGCUAUAAAUUUGAUGGAAGAUACAGCUUUGUUGGAAGACCAGGGUUUGCUGGAAGCUGUGGAUUUUCUGGAAGCCAUGGAUUUGAUAGAAGACGUGGAUAGCCCGGAAGACCUGGAACUGAUUGGAAGAUAGUGAUUUCCUGGAAGCCAUGACUUUUCUGGAAGACAUGGAUUUUCAGGAAGACCCGAAUUGUCCGGAAGAUCUUGGCUGUUUGGAAGAUGUAGAUUUGCUGGAAGACCUGGAGGUUACUGGAAGACAUAGCUCUCAAGGAAGACAUACAUUUGCAGAAGACCAAGAUUAAGUGGAAGACAUGAAUUUUCUGGAAGACUUUGAUUUGGUGGAAGUCAUAGAUUGGUUGGAAGACCUAGAUUUUUCUGGAAGAUGUGGAUUGUGUGGAAGACCUUGAAAUCAUUGGAAGACACUGAUUUUUCUGGAAGACGUGGAUUUUCCUGGGAGAUAUGAAUUUUGUGGAAGACC